AUGCCUAGUCUCUCUUACCCGCAGCAUUUAUUGCUUCUCUUGGCUGUUGUUCAGCGUUCCCUUUGCGCUGAUGUUAACGUUUCCAUCCCUCUCGUCGCCCCUUCGACGGCCCCAGUCAUUUCACCCUCUUUAGUAUCAUUCUCUAUUGAACAAGAUCGCUGGACAGAUUGGGUUGGGACAACUUCGAGAAAUCAAUUUUUCUUUAACACUCUCGACAACUUGAGAGCACUUACUGGAGAGCCACCACAGAUCAGAAUUGGAGCGAACAGUGAGGAUCAUACAGACUUUUCGGAGAACGUACAGUUCUCACAAGCCACCUUCCCUGCCAUAAGCGCCACUGUUCCAUAUCCCGAGGCCUCAAGCAUCAUCGUUGGCGAUGGAUUUUACGAGGCGGCACAAUUUCUCCCACCAAAUACUCACGUCAUUUGGGGACUAAAUCUCGGUCAGAAUAAUGUGACUGCAGCAUUCCUAGAAGCGAAGUCCCUAGUUAAAGCCUUUGCGUCAUCACCUAUCAAAGAUUCCGGCAUCACACUCGACGCAAUCGAGAUUGGCAACGAAGCCGAUUUAUACUCGAAUAACGGACUUAGAAGCAGUACGUAUACAUCAACACAAUACGUCAAAGAGUGGAUUCAGUUCGCGACAAAUGUCACAGCAGCCGCUCAGCUUUCGUUGUCUUCAUCAUCCCCUAAGUUCUGGGGCGCUGCCUUUGCUGGAUCCUCUCACUCUACGUCCGGGUUCUCUCCUCAAGCUAUCUUCAGCGAAGGUAUACUGUCCUCGGCUCCAGGUGCUCUUAUAUCUACUAUUUCUGAGCAUCGCUACAGUGGAUCGUUCUGUUCCGGAAGUGGAGGUCUUUUGCAAGAUUUAAUGACCAAGAGCACUAUAAGAAGCAAUCUUACACAAUUUACCCCUGAUAUUAGUGCUACCCACGCAAAGGGUCUGGAUUAUGUCCUCGGCGAGACCAACAGUUACUCAUGUCAUGGUGCUCCCGGAGUUAGCAAUACUGCAGGCGCUGCAUUGUGGACAUUGGAUUACCUUUUAUUUGCAACCCAGAUCGGUAUUUCUAGGGUGUUCUUCCAUGAGGGCAUUGGCUUCAAAUACAACCUGAUCCAACCACUCACCCUGACACGUUCCACUUUGGAUGGUUCACCUCUCGCAACGCCUUUACCACCCCACAUCCAGCCCCAAUACUACGCAGCUAUCAUUGCUGGCGAGGCCAUUGGAAGCACAGGCAACACACGAGCAGUCGAGUUGUCGAUCAAUAAUGCACGAAUCUCUGGAUAUGCCUUUUACGAGGAAGAUACAUUGGCGCGAGCCAUUUUAAUCAACUCGCAGGCGUUUUUCACGACAGAUAAGACCAAUCGCACUAGCACUCAUGUUGAUCUGGCUAUUUCGGGUAGUGGUGCACCAACAGAGAUGACUGUUAAGCGUCUCUUUGUUCCCCACGCCGAUGAUACCACUGGCUUAACUUGGGGUGGUCAGACCUAUGAAACAAGCGACGCAAGAGUUUCUGGGAGCCUGCAGGUCGAAACCGCCAGUGUUUCUGACGGUGUCGAUAUUCAAGAAACAGAAGUCGUCAUGCUUUCUUUCCUUUGA